AUGAAGCCGGACGAUAAGGAAUGCAACAAAGAGCCGAAUCCAGAUGAGAAAAGACAACGUCUAACGUCCUUCCUCAUCAUGGAUUAUAUUAUGUUCGCUUUGUCUCUACAUUUUUCAAUCUAUUUCGCUUCUCUAUGGCCAUAUAUGUCACUGGUAGGAUUGUUGCUGAAAAGUAUCGACCCGGAAGCAACCGAAGAAUUUUUUGGUUGGGUGGUUGCCAUGUUUUCCCUUGGGCAGAUAAUCGCAUCACCUCUUUUCGGUCUUUACAGCAGUCGCAGGAAUACCGUCAGAACGCCGUGCAUAAUAGCCGCCGUCGUAGCGAUCUGUGGAAAUCUGCUCUACAUAUCCGUCUCAGAGCUACCAUCCGGCCGCAGACAUGCGAUCGCAGGUUCACGACUGAUCAUGGGAUUUUCCGCAGGCGUGAACGGCUGUUGCAGGGCUUAUAUAGCCACGAAAAGCUUCGGUGCAAACAGAGACAGAGCAAUUGCAAUAGCCACGGCUGCUAUGACUAUGACUGGACCUGUUUCAGUCAUUCAAGCUGCAGUCUCAUUCGUCGGCUAUCCGGGACAUUGGGUCGGUCCUAUUCGUUUUGACAUGUACACAUUACCGUCGAUGAUCCUGAUCAUCUGUUGUGUCAUAGGUAUUGUACUUAAUCAAGACCGAUUUAACGUUAUACCAAAAUUUAACCGCUUAGCUUUUGUACAAAAGAAUGUGGAGCUUGGAAGCCCGUUUGCGAUGAUCAUGUUUAAUUGGACUCACAGCGAAACGACGUUUUAUACCAGCUUAAUGAUGGGCUGCUCCGCAGUUCUGCAAUUACUAAUGCUUUUUAUACUACGAUGUUAUCAGAUCACUGUUUUCAGGGUCGAAAAGAGGGCAUCGAUCAUCUUCGGCUUGUCCAUACAACUGCUGUUUUUAACAUCUUCACUGUUUCAUCAUAAUCCUGCGAAACUUGUCGGCUGCCCAAAUGAUUUCAGAUGGUGCGAAUGGACGCCACCAAUACCACAGAUCCUGUAUAUUUCGUCAUUUCCUCUUCUUUUUCUUGGCAUACCGCCGGUGAAUGUUGCCCUUUCAACGCUUUACUCGAACGUUCUAGGACCUCGACCACAGAUAAUUUGGUUGGUUAAUGCAGCUAUUCUCAUUAGUUCAAUCCUCGUCAUCGUUGUCAAGUACGGUAUUAUGGUGCCACUGGUCGUGAAACCGACCUUAAAAUCUGGCCAGUCGUUUGCUUUCAAAAAUGGAAUCGUUUGGCAUUUUUGA